GGAUCCACUUGAAGUUACACUACAUUCCCAGAUGCCGCAAUGCCAAGAAAUAAGAAUAAGUAUGGACGCUUCGUCGUCUUCUUUUCUUUCAACAUCCUCACAAGCAGUCUCUUCUUCUCUCUCUGUUCAAAGUUAUUUGGCGGGUUCCUCUCUUUUACAGUUUCUCUCUUUAAUUCACCUCUAUUCUAUCUUGCCAGUCAAGUAGAUCACGUUGACCGUGUAUCUAAUUUUCACGAUCCUCCACACCUCGACGGUCUUCAUUGGUUUAUACUACAUUAUCAUUUCCACUUAUAACUCCAAAUUCUAAAUAAAAACAAUGUAUAUCAGCAAAAUUGCAAGUGUAGCUGCAUUGAUAAGUGCUGUAGCCGCAAUUCCAUCGCCGCAGAAGGGUACAAAAAACGAUGCUACAGCUUCCGGUGGAAACGAUGCAUCUCUUACACUAGCAUCAAAUGCUGUUCAGAGCGGUUCAUUCGCCGAUGGUUCAGGAGAAAUUGGUGCGGCAGAAGUUGGUCAAGCAAAAUCAGCAACUUCGAAGAAUAACUUUAUCAACUUUUGUUCUGGUGAAACUUUGACAAACGGUCUACAAGUUACGACAGGGUCGUGUAACGGUAUUCCAAUGGGAAAACUUCCUGCUAAGACCGCCAUGGUCUCUUCAACCAUCAUUAAUCCCCCGACAGGCGGAAAAGGUAUCCCGUCAGACACCACCUUCAACAUCACAGUUCAAAUGUCAAACAUCGUCGCCGGUUCCUUCACCAACGCCGCCUCCACCUACUUCGCUGCUCCCCAAGAUCUCUCCGGAGGUAAAGUAGUUGGCCACACCCACGUCACUGUCCAAGAUCUCGGCAGCUCUUUGAAUCCCACGAAAGCUCUCGAUGCUACUCAAUUUGCCUUCUUCAAAGGUAUCAACGAUGCAGGAAAUGGUCAAGGUCUUCUCUCCGCUGUCGUUACCGGUGGUCUUCCGGCUGGAAACUACCGUGUAUGCACAAUGGCUUCUUCAUCCAAUCAUCAACCAGUCAUCAUGCCUGUCGCCCAGCGCGGUACCGCGGACGACUGCACUAAAUUUGUAGUUACCGGUUCAGGUAAAACUGCAAAUGCAGCUUCUAAUGAUGGAUCCGGUGGACAAGCUGCUGCUGCUUUGGCGGCAAGUGCAGUGGCUGCUGGACCUAACAACUCGGUGUCAAGCUCGGCCGCAGCUGCUAGCUCGAAGGCUUCAAAUGCCAAAGGAAAUGCUAAUGCAGCUAGUACUACGAGCAAAGCUGCAAAAGCAUCCAGUACAACGAGUACCUCUGCAAAGGCAUCUAACACAACGAAUGCACAGGGAGGGAAUAAGGGACAGGGUGGAAAGAAUGGCAAUACCAAUGCACAAGGAGGAGGAGGAGGAGGGAAGAAUGGAAACAGACGUCGCUCGAGACUUGAAUUUAUUGCAUAGAUUUCUUGCUUAAUCUGGGAGGUACAAGAUGUCGCAUGGGCGGAAGAAAAGAGGAUGAAGAUACUCGAGUCCGAGUCAAAAUCACUAAUACGGGUAAGGCAAAGCAAGGGCCUAGGGACUGGGUAGAAAGGAAAGGUGUUUUAUUUCCUUCUCUUUUUCACAUUAUUUUCUUUCACGGGGGCAGAGGCAUUGGGUUUUGGUACUCGGCGAUGAAUGGGUGAGCGGAUGAAUGAUCUAUACCUUGCUGGGAAAUACACAUCAUCCACUUGAUGCGAUAGAAUGAGUCGAGGAAUUGUUUACGAAUGUCACACAUGAUAGAUAUCCUAUUUGUUUAUUGUAUUGUAUUGUAGUGUAGUGUGGUUGGACACUGGAUGUCACGAAUGUAAUAUCAAAAAGAAAAUUUCACAAGCGGAACCACCA